AUGGUCACACCACCAAAUCAGUCAAUCGAUUAUGUUGUCGAUCAGAUUGAACGCCUAGGUGGCAGAAUCAAUGAUCUUGUUCUUAAGGUGAAAGAACGCGUAGACCAACUGACAGUAAUGGGAGAUGCAACUGCUGCAAAUUUAACACGGACCAUUGAAAAAACAUAUAAUGACGCCAAUGCGAUCUUGGUACUCUUGUAA